GUACUACGAAAACACCGCCAUUCGCGUUCCACGAGUUUCCUGUCUGGCCGGGAGCCAAGUACUGCCUCCUGGAAACAUGGCGAACGAAGAGCCCAAUGGAGGAUUUCCACACUUACCAUCAGGGGCAGCUGAAGUUGACAGGCUGAUCAAGGAAAACAGUGACUUGUUUUCAGACGCCCAAUGUAAAGUGUGCAGCGCCGUGCUGAUCUCCGACUCUCAAAAGCUUGCACAUUAUCAGAGCAAGAAACAUGCUAAUAAAGUACGACGCUACAUGUUCAUCCACAAAGACGAUAACCCCCUUGUGAAACGAUUAAAAGUCUCCACAACUGAAGAACCGGAGACCAUUAGCAGUGGAGGAGAUCGGUUGAAGGCCUGUCACAUCUGCAAUAUGACCUUCUACACACCGGUGAUUGCAGAGUCACACUACCAAGGCAAGGUGCAUGCCAAAAACCUGAAGCUUAGGAUGGGCACCCCCACUAUCCCGCAACCAGUCUUACCUCAGGCCAAGAGCCAGGAGCAGGCCAAGAGCCAGGAGCAGGCCAAGAGCAAGGAGCCGGCCAAGAGCCAGGAGCCGGCCAAGAGCCAGGAGCCGGCCAAGCUGGAUGGGCCGAAGCAGCAGCAGCAGGAGGUGGGCCCAGCCCAGGAGGGCACCAUGAACGACCGCUUGUGCAGCCUGUGCAACGCCUCCUUCAACAACCCCCUGAUGGCCCAGCAGCACUACGUGGGCAAGAAGCACCAGAAGCAGAUCGCCAAGCCCAAGACCAGCCAGGCCCAGGGUGCUGCCGCCACAGUCUUGAAGGGAUUCCCAUGCAAGGUGUGCAAUAUAGAGCUGAACUCAACAAAGCAGUAUGAUGCACACAUCAGUGGCUCCAAACACAAGAACCAAGUCAAACUGGCGAGUGGAAGUCAGGCCCCUGAGGCUACCCCAAGUGAAGACUCCACACCCCCCCCGGUGGUCAGUGAGUGGAACAGCAAUCCAGAGGCAGCCAUCGAUGGGUUCCAGGAGUGAUGGUAUGGCAUACCACCAGAACCAGACCCAGACCCAUAGCAGCUUCUCCUAGGGUCCCUGGACCUCCCAGCUUUGUCUGAUGCAAAAUUCUCUUUCUACCUUUAAUGUUUAUCUCUUCAUCUUUGCCACCGUCUUCCCUCUCUCUCUCUCUCUCUCUCUCUCUCUCUCUCUCUCUCUCACUCUCACUCUCUGACCUCUCUGACACUUUCACACUCAGU